UUCUCUCAUGGAUUCCCCUGGGAUAUAUAUUUGAGUCUCCAUUGGUAUGUGCUUUGCUUGAUAGAUGGUUGUUGUAUUGCCUUUGAAUUUAAUACUUAAUAACUUCCUUAAAAGAGUAAGUACAUUUGAGCAAAAUUCUGAUUGUGUUUGUUUAUGUAACAGCUUGAAACGCUGCUGAAUUUUUUCCCCAUGCCAUCGUAUCGGAAUUUCACUCUUCAGUGUUUGACAGAGGUUGCAGCACUUAAUUUUGGAGAUUUCUACAAUGCCCAGUACGUUAAGAUGUACACCAUAUUCAUGAAACUGUUACAGACCAUGAUUCCUCUUAAUACAAACAUUCCCGUGGCUUAUGCAAUUGGUUCCAGCGAAGAGCAGGUAAAGUUGUUUUUGGCGCUUCAAAAUUUAAUGAAGACCAUUUUUUAUGUGUUCGCUCAAUAAUUGUUUAUUUCUGGCAA